AUGAAAUUCUCUGCUACUUUCGCCGUACCCGCUGCCAUUGCUGCAUGCACCUACAAUGUUCAAGCCGCGGGUACCAACUGCCGCGUAUUCCCGGGGGACAUUAGCUGGCCAUCAACUGCUUCUUGGUCGGAGCUCAACAGUACGGUCGAUGGAAAGCUGAUCUCGACCGUACCAAUAGGCACACCAUGUCACGGCUCUGCCUACGAUGCAGCCGAAUGUGAGGCUAUCAAGGCAUCUUGGCAGCUUGUGGAGCUCCAUUUGGAUCAUCCAUCAUCUGUUAUGCAGCCUUACUUCGCCAACCAGAGCUGUGAUCCCUUCACUGCCGAAUCGCAAUCGUGUCUUCUAGGAAACUAUGUACAGUACGCUAUCAAUGUGACGAGCGUGAGCGAUAUUGUAGCCGGUGUCAAGUUUGCAGUUUCCAACAAUGUGCGAUUUGUGAUUCGCAACACGGGCCAUGACUUCUUAGGACGCUCAACGGGUGCUGGAGCUCUAUCUGUCUGGACUCACUAUCUCAAGGACAUUGAGUUCAUGCAUUUCUCUGAUCAAUACUAUUCCGGCUCAGCCGUCAAGAUUGGAGCUGGUAUCCAGGGAUACGAGAUCACCGCCGCCGCCGCCGCCCAAGGGCUCGUUGUUGUAGGAGGUGAAUGUCCAACUGUUGGUCUUGCAGGUGGUUAUACCCAAGGUGGAGGUCAUUCUGCCCUGAGCACAAAUUUUGGGCUUGCCGCAGACCAGACAUUGUCUUUUGAAGUCGUCACAGCCGCCGGUGACUUGGUUACGGCUUCUCGGACGAACAACAGCGAUCUAUACUGGGCUCUGUCGGGUGGUGGCGGAGGAAACUACGGCGUCGUAGUCUCGAUGACGAUCAAGACCUACCCAGAUGCUCCAGUUGGAGGAGCAUAUCUUCAAAUUGGGGCCGCGUACACGACAGCUGACAAAUUCUACCAAGCAAUCGAAGAGUUCCACACUCUCUUGCCCGCUAUGAUCGACAACGGGACAAUGAUCAUCUACUUCUUCGGCGCCGCUUUCUUCGCCCUCCAACCCGUUACGGCAUACAACAAGACCGGAGACGACGUCAAGGCCAUUCUCGCGCCGUGGAUUGCCGUUCUCGACAGCCUCAGCGUCCCAUUCACGGUCUCCUAUACCUCUUCGGCCACGUACGCGGAGCAUUACGAGACCUACAUGGGGCCGCUCCCAUAUGGCAACAUCGGCGUUGCCGAAUACCAAUUCGGCUCUCGCCUCAUCCCCCGGUCAGUUGUCCAGAAAAACAAUCCCGCACUACAAGCCGUGUACCGCAACCUCACCGAGCAUGGCCUUCUCCUCGGCGGCGUUGCGACCGACGUCUCGGCACCGGUGAAGUCUGGCAACAUCUCGAAUGCCGUUCUGCCAGCGUGGCGCGACGCGCUAAUCCACACCUACCUCACAACCCCCUGGAACACGUCGGCAAGCGCUUGGGAACAGAUGCUGAGGGACCAGGACGCGAUGACGAACGACUGGGUCCCACAGAUCGAGGCGGUCACUCCCGGCAGCGGGGCGUACAUGAACGAAGCCAACUACCGCCAGCCGGACUACCAGAACGCUUUCUUCGGUGCCAACUACGCUAAAUUGUUGGCUGUCAAGAAGGCGUGGGACCCUGAUUCCUUAUUCUAUGCAACUGCUGGCGUUGGGAGCGAGACGUGGGCUAUUGCGAGUGAUGGGCGGAUGUGUAAAGCGUAG